AUGGAUUCAUAAUAAAGCUUUGCUAAAAAUAUUUAGGUUGAACUAUAGAAAAGAAUAGCAGAAGUUGUCAAAAGCAAUCCAAACAUUCUAAGUGAUUUGGCAAAAAUUAAUGAUGUUGAUAUUCAAUUAGAUUAGCUUCUUUAAAACAAAAAAGCAAUUUGUUUAGAAAGUUUAAGAUCUUUGAAUGAUCUGAAGCAAGCAGAUGGUUAAUUGGUUGAAUUCACUUAUAUGAUUUAAAGUAUGUUCAAUCCUGAAAUGUAUGCAAUUGCAGCUAUUGAUGCAGAACAAGUUAAAAACGGAAAUAUAGAUUCAGCUAUCGAAGUUUUUAAGUAUCACGAUACAAUAACAUCAUAGAAUUUACCAAAUGAACAUCAAGAUGAAUUCAAUGAAAAUAUUGUUUCUGCACUCGGUGAUAGAUAGAUAUAUUAUGCCAUACCUAUUCCUAACCAAAAUAAAUGGUCUAAGUUAGUAGGUUAAAAUAAAAAUAAUUAAGGAUAGGAAGAAAUUGGAUUAGAAAAGAAAGAAGCUCAUCAUGUAAGCUAUCAAGGAAUACAAGUAUCCUCACUUGAUGAUAUUAGUAAAUAUGCUCCAAAACUCUAAUAAAUCGGCUUAUUUAAUUACGAAUCUGAUAAAGAUGACUCUCUUCAUGCAUUCCCUUGUAUUUUAAAAUAUUAUAAUUAGGAAUAAAGCUAAAAUCCAAAGCUAAACCAAAUAGUUAAAGUUACAGGUAUUCUAAGCUAUAAUUUGAACUCGUUAAGUGAUGAAAAUGAGCAUGAAAUAAAUCAAUAAGAAGAAGUAGGAGACGAUGAUUAAUAUGAGAGUUUUGAUAGAAUAAGCUACCUAUAUCCAGAAAGACUUAUCCCUCGUAUUCAUGUACUUUCAAGCUAGGUUAUUUCCUAUAGUGAUAUUUAUUCUAGCUCAAUUAAGCAACUUUCUAAUUUGGAAGUCUCUACAUAAGCACAACGUCAAGUUUUGUUAGAGGCUUUAACUAAAAUUUUAGGAAAUGAUUAAAUAUCAGCUUUCUAUCUGUUGAUGACUCUGAUUUCUUCUGUUAACUUAAGCAAAGACGAAAAGCAUUAUGGAAAUUUAUUUUUAAAUUUACUAAAUACUUCAUAAAAAUUAAGCAGUGGAGCAAAAAUUAGUGAAACUUUAAAUGAUUUUCUUCAAUCAAUACUCGUAUAUUCAGUUUCCAUUCCUUUCACUUUGAAGUAUUUAAAUGCAUAAUACCUUUAACCCAAAUCCAGUAGCUCAGGAAAGAUUUCCUACGGAUCUUUAUAGUUGCCUAAAGAGACUAAGCACUUUAUUAUUUGUGAUGAAACUUCUUUGUAGUAGGGUUAACUUGAUUAAAAGGGAGUUCAUAAUGUUAAAAAUAUGAUAAACUUUUUCUAAGAUUUGAGAGUUCCAUUUGAGUCUGAGUUUUAUAAAGGUUUUGUAGAGACUGAUGUAAGUGGAGUAAUACUUUCUGAUGGUAAGGGACUACUCUAUAAAGACAUAUAGAUUAAGCUGGAGGAAGAUAUUGACGAAGAAAGUAAAUAAAGCACAUUAUUUACUUUUGAUAUACUUAAUGAUAACAAUUUCCUCAAUUAAAUUCGUAAAUAUAUUCUUGAAAGUAAGAAUCAAGCCUUGACUGUUUAACUUGAUGAAGAAGUAGCUAAUAACAUCUAAAUAGAUUUUGUUGAAAAGAGAAAGCAAUAAGCCAAAGAAAAUAUCCUUAAUAAGGAAAUAAUAAUUAAUUAAGAAUCUCUUGAAAGAUGGAUUUAACUUUGCAGAUUAAAUGCUGCUUCUAAAUUGAAAAAGAUUGCUACCAUCGAAGACUAUUUAGAGAUUAAAAAGCUUGAAGAAAAUCGUAUUAAAAGAACAAUGAAAGAUAUCAAAAUUUGGUAAUAAAAAUGA